GGUUGCCUGUGUUGCCUGUGUUGACAAACAUUUAUUCUCUUACUAGGGCGGUGGGCUCUUAAAAGGCCACUAGACAAACUGGUACAGAUUGUUUGACGAUAUAUAAAUUAAUAAGAAAGGAAGUAUUGUUAUUGUAUUUUAAUGCAAGUAUGGGUUGCUGCUUGACUGUUGGACCAAACGAAGCGCUCGUUGUAUCAGGUGCCUGUUGUGGGGCUGAUGAAAAGACGUAUGUGGUGGGAGGAUGGGCGUGGGCAUGGUGGCUUAUAUCCAACACUCAAAGAAUUACACUAGAAAUUAUGACAUUACAGCCAAAGUGUGAAGAUGUGGAGACAGCAGAAGGAGUUGCCAUCACAGUUACAGGCGUCGCUCAAGUCAAGGUUAUGACUGACCAUGACUUGCUGGCUGUUGCCUGUGAGCAGUUUCUGGGAAAGUCUGUCAUGGAAAUCAAGGCUGUGGUCCUGCAAACCCUGGAGGGACAUUUACGUUCUAUCUUAGGAACCUUAACAGUGGAGCAGAUCUACCAGGACAGAGAUCAGUUUGCCCAGCUAGUGAGGGAAGUUGCAGCUCCUGAUGUGGGUCGAAUGGGCAUUGAGAUCCUCAGCUUCACUAUUAAAGAUGUAUAUGAUAAGCUGGACUACCUGAGCUCUCUUGGGAAGACGCAAACGGCUGCUGUCCAAAGGGACGCGAGCAUCGGAGUGGCCGAGGCAGAGAGAGAUGCAGGGAUUAGAGAAGCUGAAAUGAAGAAAGAAAUGAUGGACGUCAAGUUCUUGGCAGACACUAAAAUGGCUGACUCCAAGAGAGAGUUGGAGCUGCAGAAAGCUGAUUUCAAUCAAGAAGUGAACACCAAGAAAGCCGAGGCACAGCUGGCCUAUGAACUGCAGGCAGCUAAAGAGCAGCAGAAGAUCCGAUUGGAGGAGAUUGAGAUUGAGGUGGUACAAAGAAAAAAGCUGAUCACUAUUGAGGAGAAAGAGAUUGAAAGGACAGAGAUGGAGCUGGUCGCUACAGUUAAGCGCCCUGCUGAGGCGGAGGCCUACAAAAUGCAGCAGCUGGCUGAAGGACAGAAGUUGAAGAAAGUUCUGAUUGCUCAGGCAGAGGCAGAGAAGAUCAGGAAGAUUGGAGAGGCCGAGGCCAUCUCUAUCUCAUCUGUGGGAAAAGCUGAGGCAGAAAGAAUGAGGCUGAAGGCAGAGGCCUACCAGCAGUACGGAGAUGCUGCCAAGACUGCACUUGUCCUAGAAGCACUGCCCAAGAUCGCUGCCAAAGUGUCUGCUCCUCUGGCCAAGACCAAUGAGAUUGUUAUUCUGAGUGGGGAGGGCAGUCGUGUGACUGGGGAGGUGAACAGGCUCCUAGCCGAGUUGCCUGUGUCCAUUAAUGCACUUACAGGUGUUGACCUGUCCAAGAUCCCUCUGUUGCAGAAGUUGACAGAUGCUCAAGCAUGAAGCCAUUAAGUUCCGCCUCCUCCAUGAUAUGUUGUAUGCACUCACUGAAACUGCCUUUAGACUACUUGGAAGAUCCUCUUUUUGUUUUUCUUUCUUUUCUUUUCUUUUCUUUUUUUAUAAAAUGGAAAAACAAAACAAAAACCAAACAGGUAGAUUUUUGAAACCUCUGGUGCCUUAAUGUUUUAUAGGACCAGAAUAUCUGCAUGCACUGUUACUCCCACAUUCCACAAUUCCUAUUUUAUUUCACAUCAUUUGGAAUCAUGUCACAUAUAUGUCUUUUUUUUGUUUCACUUUAUUGUGUCAUCAUGCUAAAUUAUCAUUUUAAACAAUUACAACACAACAUUUAUAUACUAUAUUUUUCAUCUUAACACUACAGUAACACUUGAUAUGGUAAGUCAGCUUUAGAUUACAAUCAAAUCUUUUUUGUCUGUCCAAACUCUAUCAUUGUUUUUUAAUUGGUUGUAGGCCAUAUAUCUAGCUACUUUGCAGAUCCUGCUAUAAUUUUUAACAUUCAGGAAGCCAUUGACCUUGUAGGUUGUAGAGUAGCGAGUAGCAUUUUAAUGUACUACUGAGCUUUGUGGCAAUAGCAUUGCCUAAUUAUCAGUGUCAUAUUACCGUGCGUUUCCACUGGCACGUUGUGAGCUGAGCGUGCAUUUUCAAUUUAUUCAUAUGUUAGCCGAGCACCACGCUCACGAGGUGGAUUGUGGGAUUGACAGUGGUGUGGAGCAAGCUGUUUCCUGCCGUGUGCUGCGUCUGAAACUGCAGUACGUACUGUCACAGUAUGUACUGUAUUUGAUGAAGGAUGCACUUCUCGGCUGGCAAAACAGUACAUACUUUAAGGAGUAGUAUGAAUAGAUUUCAGACAUACUUCAUCCGGGGUUGUUGGCAUUGUCUUGUGACCCGAAUAUGUGACGUAAUAACAACAAUCACGAAAACUAUAUGUUUUGUUUUUUUUUUCUCCCCAAUUUGGAAUGGCCAAUUCCCAAUGCGCUCUAAGUCCUUGUGGUGGCGUAGUGACUCGCCUCAAUCUGGGUGGAGGAAUUUUAGUUGCCUCCGCAUCUGAGACAGUCAAUCCGCGCAUCUUAUCACAUGGCUUGUUGACCGCAUUACCACAGAGACCUAGCGCGCGGGAGGCUCACACUAUUCUCCACGGCAUCCACACACAACUCGCCACGCGCACCACCGAGAGUGAGAACCACACAUUAUAACGACCACGAGGAGGUUUACCCCAUGUGACUCUACCCUCCCAUGCAACCGUUCCAAUUGGUUGCUUAGGAAGCCUGACUGGAGUCAGUCAGCACACCUUGGAUUCGAACUUGUGACUCCAGGUGUGGUAGUCAGCGUCUUUACUCACUGAGCUACCCAUGCCUCCUUUGAUUUGGAUACCUCCUUUGAUUGUGCAAACAGUGUUGAUUUAUUACACUUUUACUUACCCAGCCACAAUGAAUGUAAUGAAGUAGACUUCAUCCCUUGAAACGUCUUUGAAGUCAGAAAUAAACAAAAAUGAUGUGAUGAAAGCACUGAAUCCAGCAGAAUCUCCAGCAUUAAAGGCAUAUUUUAAAGCGCUUAUGACAGACGUCACUACAUCAGCUCACAGCGAUUGACUGCCACACGGCAUUUUCCGCUUCUUAUUUCCAUAAAGAAUUCAUAUUACCGCCCUCAACACUUUUUGCAUGGCACUGUCAAUCGCACAAUCCACAUCAAGAGCAUGGAGCUCGACUUCCAUAGGACUGCAUUGAAAACUUGGCUCACAACGCGCCAGUGGAAACGAACAGUCAGAGUCAGCCGGGCACUCUUACUUUUAAAUGUUACAGGCACAUACAUGGAUAUGUCCAUUUUAGCUACUGAUUUUUGUGUACAUUUUCUGAGCUCAUCAAUAGUUCGGAUUACUUUUUGGCACUAUUUAUGCCUGUACAUUUUUAUAAUAUUGGAUUGUAUAUGUGUUUAGUUUUGUUUAAUUUAUAAUCAUCUUUUUGACUAUUGAAGGACAAAAUUUGUUUAGUCAAUUUUGAGCAUGAAGAUUAAAGACUUUAUUUAAAAUGUAGUUAUGAUGAGAUUUAUAAUUUGUUGUUAGCAGACGCUGACAUGGCUGUCUGGAUACCCGGAUAUUCAAUGCUGUUGGUAAAGUUUCAUGUUAACAGAGUUGAGCCAUUUUUAAGAUAGUUUUGUAUCGUUGAUAACAGCCAUACAUUGCGAAUUCUUUCUAGAAUAUUAACACAAGUUACACUAGAUACUGUAAUUGUGAAUAUCUGAGAAAUCAAAUCACCUUUUAUGGACCAUACCGUCCUGUGCUGUGGUAGUUCAUCUAGUUUGUGUACUUCUUUGUCACUGUGAAAGCUACAUUACCUCGUUUUUUCUGUUUUGGCCAAGAGUGAGUGGCAGUUUGCAGUAGAGAUUUCUAUAUGUUUGUACCUUUAUUCUGCUGUGUUUAGUAGUGCUGUGAAAGAUUUCUCACACUAAUGAAAACACCAAAUGAUAAAGCUAAGAGAUCACACUCCUGUUUGGGAAAUAAAGAACAAGUGCAUAGUUGUAAACAGUUGUUUUCAUUUGCUUCAGAACAAUGAUUCAUUGUUUAAUUAUGUAUUUUUUGCAUGAACAAUAUGCCCUGACUUUUGUAUUCUCACUGAAACCGGUUCAAUAAUGAGUUAACACAAUUUAGCUUUUUUUGUUAAUUAUUUGAAAUACCAGUACUGUACCUCUUAACGCUAUUUUGAGGAUUAUGUUAUGUUUGCUUAAAAAAUGUUUCAGCCAUGCCAUAUUUAACCAUUUAGCAUUGUUAGAGUAUCAGAGACUGUUCAGUUUAUGUGCUUUGUAUGGCAUUGCUAAUGAGAUGCACUGUAUAACUGUGUAUUGGAUAAACACUAUAGGAAUCUUAAAACUGUAUGGCAGGAUAAAGGUGAGAUGUGCUUUUGCUUCAGUGGGUUAAAUAACAUACAAACUAACCCAAAAUAUGCUAUUGACAAUACGGGGAGAAUUUGGUAGUUUUAUACAUACUCUUUACACUGAUUUAAAUAAGCAUGUUUAUGGUGCAUGUAUUUCCAAAUGUAAUAAAUUUAAUGUG